AUAAAAGGCUCUUAAGGUUGCUAUGUAUAUUGAGGCAAUUACUGAUAAUGAUAUGAAUGGCAUUACAAGUGUCUUAUGUCUUAUCAGUCGUGUGAUUCAAAUAAACAUGCGUCACUUUUCAGCAUUUGAGUGCAAUUAAAUCUGAGUCUAACAUUCAAAAAUUUAUACGUUGUUGAUAAUUUUUCCUGUUGCAGUUUGCUGUAUCUUAUCGUAAAGUCAAUAUUAUGUUUCGUGUUGGAUACGACUUAUCAGAAAUAGCUGAAAUAGAGAUGAAUUCUACCUCCUAUCAAGCAGAUUUUUCUGUUGGAGAGAGAUGUUUUAUUAUAUUAUUUUUAUUUGUUUUAAUUGUUAUCGGAAGCUUUGGAAAUGUUCUGGUGAUGUAUGCCGUUCUCAAGAACCCUAUGAUGAGGAUAGCAAUCAAUAUAUUGCUUGUGGCUUUAGCUUUUAGUGAUACAGUAAUAUGCUUACUUUGUGUGCCAUUUGAUUUAAUUACGGUCAUGUUAAACAGAUGGAUAUUUGGAAGAUUGUUCUGCAUCGUUCAUGCCUCUAUUUAUUCCGUGAUGCUGAUCGAAGGCAUCUUUAUUUUGUGUAUCAUCAGCGUAGAUCGUUAUCGGAUUAUUGUCAGGAGAAAAAACGAGAUUAACUUUCAGAAUACUGUUGUGGUUCUGAUGAUUUCUACUAUAACAGCAAUUGCGUGCUGUGUGUCGACUGGUCACAUUGUAAAUUAUGUCUUCCGCUCUCGUCAAAUGCACUGCAAUCUAGGAUCGGCUUUGAAUGGUUUACAAUGGAGCAUAAUAUCGAUAUAUACUGUAUGUGGUUAUUUUAUCCCUCUUAUAACUAUGAGUAGUUGUUAUUUUAUUAUUAUUUGUACUCUGCGUCGGACAGUCCGCCGUAUUAAUUGCCAAGACAUAACGAUGAUCAACACAAGCUUAAGAAUGAGAUAUAAUUUUAAAUUCAAGACUAGGACAUUAUGGACGGUGUUUUUACUCUACAUUAUCUUUGUUUUUACUAAAACACCUUACUUUCUCUAUAAGAUUAUUGCUAACAAAGAAUCUACAAAGGGAUACAUUUACACAACAUGUAUCUUGUAUCUCAGUUCAACAUUAAACCCAAUUGUCUAUGUCUGGAAGAUAGGAAUCAUAAGACGAAUCUUUUGGAAGGUUGUUUCAAGAUGUUUGUGCAUCAAAAACAAAGAGCCAGACUCUAGGAAUAAAUACAAAAUAAGCAUAAAUCUGAGACAAACUGAAGAAGGAACACUUGUAAAUUGAUUGAAUAAACAUUUUUAAUUUUUGUAAAUAU